AUGGAUAUCGUGGGCCACUUGCCGCAAGUCCGUGGCCACCGCUACCUCUUGACCUGUAUAGACAGGUUCACGCGGUGGCCUGAAGCCAUUCCCAUACCUGAGAUAACAGCAGAGACUGUCGCCGCCGCUUUCGUCGCCGGCUGGGUGUCCCGUUUCGGCGUACCGUCCACCGUAACAACCGACCGCGGCAGACAAUUUGAAUCUCAUCUCUUCCGUGAGCUCUGCUGUCUCCUCGGGACCCGACACUGCCGUACCACCGCCUACCAUCCGACAGCGAAUGGCCUGGUCGAGCGCUUCCACCGGCAACUCAAGACCGCCCUGUGCGCCACUGGCAGCCCGCUUUCCUUGCCUGAUCGUCUCCCGCUGGUUCUUUUGGGCCUGCGUUCGGCCGUUAAACAGGAUCUGCGAUGCUGCCCUGCCGAGUUGGCCCUUGGCACCACGCUGCACUUGCCCGGUUCCUUUUUUACCCCAGUCCCCGCUGACGCUGUACCAGACUAUUCGUCCUACAUCGCACGCCUGCGGUCCACCUUCCAAGACCUCCAGGCCACUCCGACCCGGACCCAAUCUUCACGCCUGACUUUUAGACCACCCGGCCUUGACACUGCUACGCACAUGUUUCUGCGCCUGGACGCCGUGCGACCGCCGCUCCAGCCUCCUUACAGCGGGCAGCACGAGGUCCUGUCGCGGUCGCCGAAGCACUUCCGCCUGCUCCUUCCCCGAGGUCCGGACUCAGUUGCGGUCGACCUCCUCAAACCAGCCUACCUGGACCCUUGCCCGUCUCCUUCGGUAGGAGUCUGUUCAGCCGACACCGUUUCAGCACCCCAGUCUCCCAGCCCGACGAGACCCCUCCGCCACGUACGCUGGUCUCCUGUCCUCGUCCAGCAAGCGUCGCGCCAUUCUCCUCCCCCGGGGUGGGGGGGAGCCAUGUAG